AUAAUAAAAGCCCUUUCUAUUUGAUCGCCUUUUAAAUUGGCUCAGUCUCUUUCAGUUCCCAUCCAUUCUCCUCAUUCCUUUAUCUCUCUUCUCUCUUUCUGAUCUAUCUAUAAUCUAUGGAGUUAGCUCUGAGCUUGGGUGAUACACCGAAGCCCUUUUCAUUUCUUGAAAAACCCCAGAAAAUUCAUAGCAAAGAUUUAGGGUUCUGCAUGUCUACCGGAAAAGUGAGUUCCGACGGCGGAGAGAAGAGUAAUAAAAGCGACGAGAGCCGGUUCUCCGACGGUCCGAUUUCAUCAGAUCCACCGGUUCAGCUAGAUCUUCUCCCAUUCUCUCCGGUGCAAAGAAGCCAUCCCUCUUCAAACAAGCUUCCUUUCCCUUGGCUCAAAGAUAAAUUGGGAGGCGUGACGGAGGGGGGAAGAAAAGGCGACGACGGCAGCGGAGAUCAUGAAACGACGGCGGCGGCGGCGGUUUCAUCUCCAAACAGCGCGGUGUCAUCGUUUCAGGUGGAUUUCUCCAUGUUCCGAAGCGCGAGGGGGAAGAGAGACUUGGAGCAAUUAUCAGCCAUUAACAGCGAAGCAGAAGCCGAUCGCGGUGGCGCAGGAAGCGACGAUGAGGAAAACGGCUUGGCCAGAAAGAAACUCCGACUCACCAAAGACCAGUCCGCUUUCCUCGAAGAAAGCUUCAAAGAGCACAACACCCUCAACCCCAAGCAGAAGCUUGCACUAGCAAAGCAAUUGAAUCUCCGAGCUCGGCAAGUUGAAGUGUGGUUCCAAAACAGAAGAGCAAGGACCAAAUUGAAACAGACAGAGGUAGAUUGUGAGUAUUUAAAAAGGUGCUGUGAGACGCUGACAGAAGAGAACAGGAGGUUGCAAAAAGAGCUCCAAGAAUUAAGAGCUCUUAAAGCUUCUCAGCCAUUUUACAUGCAGCUCCCAGCCACCACCCUCACCAUGUGUCCUUCCUGUGAAAGGGUUGUCACCACCUCCACCACCUCCACCUCCACCGCCGCCUUUUCUCUCUCACCGCCGCAUGCCAAGACAGCUUCUUGAUGAUCAGUAGUAGUUGGUAGUUGAGCACUAGCUAGGGAUGAUAGAUGAUGAUGAUUAAUUCAUUUUAAAAAAAACACGAUUAUGUUUCUAGUUUGUUUAAUUGCUUUUUUUGGGCCUUGAAUUUUCUUUCUUGUGUAUAUAUACGUGGGGUUUUUUUUAAUUUAAUUAAACAUUUUCUUGUUGCUAAUCAAGAUUAAUUUUCUGAUUUGUAGCGCUAGCUUGACUAAUAAAAAUUUGGCAGCCCUCGUAAUUUGACCGAG